AUGAUCCUAAGAUGGCUCGAAUGUCAGAGGCCCACGCACCAGGACGCCAAGGACAAAGACCAUGAGGUCAUCUCCACGGGAACAGACAGUCCGGAGCUGUGCACGCCGGACACCACGCCGCCUGUGAUAACACCUGAUCUCAGCCCCGUGCUGAGCGUACCCACCUCGCCGCCCCACAGCCCACCCAAGCACGCCCAUCGCCCCAGAAAUGCUUGCUUCAUGCGCCAGAGUGCCGUGGACGAUCAGGGCGGGGCCGAGAUCCAGGUGUUGGUGGAGGGGCGGGGGGUGGACCUGCCGAGUGGAGGGGCUGACAACUGGACCGAUGACAUGUACCCGGAGCGGGGGGGCAGCAGCCGCUCCACCACACCCUCCCUUCUGGAGGAGCAGGAGGCCCAAAUUAACGGCCACGAGCAAACCCCUCUGUCCAACCACAAACCACGGGAGAAAUCCUUGUCCAAUCACAAGUCCCGGGAACACGCUUCCUCCUACAGAGCGUGGGAGCACUCCCUGUCCAACCAAAAGCCCUCCAAGCAUGCCUCCUCCAAUCACAAGUCAAGGGAGUACUCAUCCUCCAAUCACAAAACAUGGGAUCAUUCUUCCACCAAUCAUAAGCCCUGCGAGCACGCCUCUUCCAACUACAAGCCGCAGGUGCACAUUUUAUCCAAUCACAAGGCCUUGGAACAUAACAUGUCCAAUCACAAGACUUCUGAGCAUGCUUCUUCCAAUCACAAGUCCCAAGAUUAUAUCUCCUCUAAUCACAAUGCAAAGGACCACGUCUCCUCUACUUAUAACCCUCGAGAGCAUGUCUACUCCAACCACCAUCCAAAGCAGCACAACCCCUCCAACCACAAGCUUAACGAGCACGCUGCCCUCGACCAAAGGCUCGACGGCCUCACCGUGGGCUGGACUGCUGAAAGCACCCUUAGGUGGAGCCCUGCCCACUCACGCCUCACGGAGCAGGACGAGGAGCGGAUGAAUGACUAUACGGUGGACAUGAGGCUUCAGUGUCCGGACUCUCAAAUGUCCCGGGGGCUGGGCCACCAGUCCCCGGCUCCCCAGAACAACAGGCUGCGAUCCCGAGGCCUGCGGCCGGUCAGAGAAGGAUCCAUGGACUCCGUACAGAUGCUGGACAACCUGAAUGUGGGGGCGGAGCUGGAGGAGUGGCCGCUGCACAGGGACCUCACCCUCUCCCCGCCCCUAAAGUCUCAACCCAUCACUCUGGAGCAGGAAGGAGAACAUCUCACCCUCAAAUCAAACUCAGGCUCCAGCUCUAUUCUGGUGGUUAUGGUCAUUUUACUCAAUAUUGGAGUAGCCAUUCUUUUCAUUCACUUCUUUAUUUAAGCUUAUACAGGUAUGAUCUACUAAGACUUAUUGAUAAAUACGGUAUAUUAUAUUAUUACUUACUGGGACGGACAUUUUGCCGAUUCGACUGGAGCCCGCAGCCUGAGUGACGGACACAUCAGAGCCUUUCUACUGUUGCUACCGGACUCUUCACCUCUGUCAACACCAGUUUCAGUUUCUCUGAGAACUCUUCCUUUUCAAAUGCUUGUUUUGAGCUUGUAACCAUAGAGACGGGUUAUUGGUUGAAGAAGGUAAAGUGCAGCUUCAGACGAGCGUGGUGCACCAGGACCACAUGCAUGGGUGUCCAUCACAUAAAGGGACUGGAGAUGGCACAGGCAUCUGUUUUCUUUUCCCACCGCUUUAGAUAAGAAUAUAUCUUGUUUCCUGGUUAUCAUGAGAAACAUGACACACACUUCAUCCACUGACAAUUACCCCCUUUGCCUUUCAACCCUUUGCCCUCUCAGUCCACCAGUCCCUCCGCACUAUGCGCUACAUACAGAACUAUGCUGCAAGAGUAGAUCCAUUUUAAAGGGCUCCGUCAUUAUUCUUUUCUUAUUUUUCCACUACAAACAUAAACACACACAACCAUUGCAUGAGGCUGUGUGGGAUUUUAAAAAGUGCAUUUUCUAUCCCUUUAACAUCACCGUUCUGUCUUCAUUUGUGCGCACUCAUCCCGACUGUCACUUCUUGUCACUGCACCUGUCGGCUGGAGAUUUGGAAAUUACUUCACGUCCGACCACGUCACGGAAUCUGAGCCAAUCAGAUUCACGUUUGAUCCGCAAAUCAAACGCCAUCAAGCGAAGCAGGCCAAGACCCGAGCGUCUAACCCCUCGAGGAACAUCUACCGAUUCAUCGUGAAGUGAAGUGAAAUUUAAUGUCGACCCACAUGAACGCACACAUUCGCACGCAAAGAGAAAACCACGUAGACACAUUUUACUGCUGACAUACUGAGGAGGAUUCAGCCUUGCCCCUUUGUACAGCCUUGAGACUGUUAUGUUAUAACCACUAAUUCUACUAUAUAUGUGUAUGUGUCAUUAUUAUUCAAGUUUGUUACUUUUGCAGUUUGCAAGACAGAGAGAAUGCUGAGUGCCUCGUAUUUAUUCAUUUUCCUUCUCAAAUUGAUUUGAACCGCGGCCCAAUCAAACCCCCACGUGGGCAGACGACGAGGAGACGAACCUUCAACGUUAGGGAAGGUGCCCCCCCCACCCCCCUACAUGCAACCCUUCCUCCUCACCCUGAAAUGGCAUGCACUGUUUGGUCUCUCUCCCACUCCCCCUGGUGGACCAGUCAAAAAGGGAAACACGGGGUUUGUACGGUGUCAUUUCCAGACACUCUUCGGGCCGGAUGAGAUUUUUUUCAGCAUGUUUGUUUCGCCUGCUCAAUCUGGUGUCAGUUUGUGAGUUUCUUCCUCUCGUCUCUUUUAUCCAGCAACACGAGGCUACGUGAGACACGGAGAGCAGUGUAAAAUAAACGCUAGCUUUUAACUCUCACUGGAUCCUGAAAAUGUCCAGAGUUUAUGAAUGAUAUAAAAAGAAACUCUCUGCUACUGUAUGUUUUAUACUUCGCACCCAGUGGCAUCAUCAUGUUGUGACAUCAUUGCAUGCCCGAGCAUGCUCUUUCUUACUCUUUGGUUUAUGAGGUUGUUUCAAAGUUAAUGUG